UACAUACACACAUAACAAAUAAUUAAGUAUGAUUUCUGAAACUGGCGAAAUAGUGUUGGUAACUGGGGGCAGUGGUUUUAUAGGUCAACACAUUAUAAAACAACUGCUAAAAGAUCAACAUGAAUUGAAUAUCAAGGAAAUCCGAACUGUAGAUUUGGUGCCGUACAAAAAUAAGAUUGAUGAUGAGAAACAAAAUAUUCGAAUGUUUGUGGGAGAUAUCUGCGAACCGGAUGCAGUGGCGGAUGCUUUCAAAGGCGUCGAUACGGUGUUUCAUUGUGCCGCUUUGGUUAGUUUGCAAUAUCCACCCAACUACAGGCAAUUGGAUCGUGUUAAUGUAGAUGGUACCCGAGCCGUAGUUGAACUUUGUGUGGAACACAAUAUUAAACGCUUAAUUUAUACCAGUUGUGCCUCUGUGUGCAUGGUGCCAUUCAAGGGACACAGUACAUUCACAUUAGUUAUAAAUCAAACUGAAUCGAAAGCUCCUACUCCUAAAUAUGAUGCACAAAAUCCUACCGAUUUUGACAAAAACUUCUUAAUACCCGGUUAUUCGUCGUCCAAAUUGCGUGCUGAAACAAUAAUACUCAAUUCGAAUGGAGCCAUGUUAAGCAAUCAAAAAGAUUAUUUGACCACUGCGGCCAUAAGGCCACCACUAACAUACGGCGAGGCCGAUGAACUCUUUGUGCCAAGUGUCCUUAAAUACCUAAGCAAACAUAAAUAUUCUUAUCCCAGAAUAGCAGGUGCAGGAGGCAAGCAGCAAAUAUCGUAUGCAGGAAACGUCGCUUGGAGUCAUAUUUGUGCUUAUAAAACUCUAAAGUCUAAUCCAAAAGCUAUUGCUGGCCUACCUGUUUUCGUUACCGACGAUACCCCCAUAAAUGACAUUUCAAGAUUUAUACAAAAAAUGGCUUUGUUGGGGGGCAACUUCAAAGUUCGCCAUACAUCAUGGUAUUUGCCUCACUUUUUAUUCUUCUUUAUGUCGCUGUUGACGGAAUUAUUUCUCAGAGCUUUAGCUCCAGUUAAAGACAUGUCUCUGAAAUUUUCUCUUCGUGCUAUUAGUUCUUUCACUGCCUCUGUUAUGAUGUUUAAUCGUCUGAGAGCUGCCAUUCAUAUGGAUUAUGUGCCGUUAAUUGAAGUGGAAACUUCUUUGCAAAAGAGUGCUAACUGGUAUUCCAAAUGGUGGGAAGAGAAUAUCUCAAAAGCAACUGUUAAAGCUAAAACGAAUUAGAGCGAAAGCCGAAUUGUUUUUAGUUUAAACAGAAAUAAUUACUAAAAGAAGUUGUUGGUGUUUGUAUUGUUACUUUUACGUUUUUUUAUAUGUUCAUAUGUUUAAUAUAUUGUAAUAAAAAUUGGAUAAAAAAAUGUUAAACAA